UUUCUGGCGCAUUUCAGUUGUUCAAUAAUCGACGUACGGCAUGAACAUUGUCCUCGUUGUUGUGUCUUUGGCUUGCUCGAUUCUCCCUCUUUGUUCUGCCUCCUCUCAACCAGAGAGCGAAAACUAUUGUGGUGCGUGUCCUCCUGGCCGAGAUGGCGUGCAAGGUUACGAUGGCAGAGACGGCAGUCCCGGUAGAGAUGGAAAGCCGGGUAGAGACGGAGUGCCUGGGAUCUGCGCCGGACAAGCAGAACAAGACAAGAAGAUUGCACAACUGAGAAAGGACCUUGACAAUCUCACCGAUGUAGUCAAGGGGUCUACCCUUCCAUCUGGUGCUCGCAUCUGCGCUCCAGGUAGCUAUAUGGCAUUGGGUUUCUGUCUAUCUAAAUCACCAUAACCCUACAUUAAUCACAAAUCUUGUCCGUCUGGAUUCACGCUGUCCAGAGGUGUCUGCUACCGUUGGCCUUCACCUCAAUGUCAAACUCAAGACCUCGUUACAGCUGACAGUACAUGCAAAAAGCUUCAAGGACGGCUGUGCACUGUUCCUGAGUUGGACCGUUUGGCGGGCACAGGAUGUCACUUCGACUAUACAGGCAGUUGGGCUUUACUAGGUCUUCAGUACAGUAACAACCA